CCGCCGUUCAACUGCAGCUCCGGCGCCUACAGCUUCUGCUGCGGCACGUGCGGCUACCGCUUCUGCUGCCACGACGGGCCGCGUCGUCUUGACCAGAGCCGCUGCUCCAACUACGACACACCAGCCUGGGUGCAGACUGGCCGGCCGCCUGCUCGCGCCCGCGAUACCGCGGCGCCCCGGGACCCGGCCCGCGAGCGCAGCCACACGGCUGUCUACGCUGUGUGCGGCGUCGCCGCGCUGCUAGUGCUGGCCGGCAUCGGGGCGCGCCUGGGCCUGGAGAGGGCGCACAGCCCGCGCGCACGGCGCACGGUGACCAGGACACUGACAGAACUUCUGAAGCAACCCGGCCCCCAGGAACCACUGCCUCCACCUUUGGGCCCACCCCUGGGUAGCUGUGUCCAGGUGCAGAUGGGAGAUGGCCUUCCCCGAGGGUCCCCCCACAACAGCACAGACAAGAAACGCCUCAACAACGCCGCCCUGGGGUCCGCCACGCCCGCGCCCCCACGCCGACCCCGGUUGCAAGGAGGCGGCAACUUUACGCUGCAGCCCGACUACGCCAAGUACGCCACGCUCAAGGCAGCCGCGCUCAAGGCGGCAGAGGCCGCCCCCCAGGACUUCUACCAGCGUUUUCCCACCGCCGAGUCGGCCCCGCGGACCCUCCCGGCGCGGGCCCCGAGGCCUCCAGAGGACUUGCCCGCGCUGCUCGAGGCCUGCCCCUGGGCCCCCCCGGGCUACGUGGCCCCUACCGCCCCCGCUCCGCCGGGGCCUUACGCAGCCUGGACCGCCGGGCGCCCUGCCAGGCCCGCCCCCCGCGGCCACCUAGCGGCCCAUGCCUCUCCUGCACCCCGGAGGCCCGGCCACGCUCCGCGGCGCCAGUUCAGCGUGGAGAAGCUGCCUGAGGCCUUCAGCGUGCAGCACCCAGGCCUUUACUGUAGUGCGGGCCGCGGACCCCGGCACCUGAGCACCAACAGCAAAACCGAGGUCACCGUGUGAAGCUGGGCCACCCAACGGAGGCAGAGCCCGAAGCCCUCGACUGCUUGGUCCAGGGCCCCAGGGCACGGAGGAGCCCAACGCGGGCAUCCAUCGAGACUAGACUGGGGGCCUUGGAGGCUGAGAAAAGACCUACUGCAGGGCUGAGAAAAGACCUACUGGUAUGACCGGUGGUUCCAUCCUUGGGUCCACAGGCCCCGGAUUCCUCGUGUAAAUAAAUCCUUUAAUGUGGUUCCUGCUGA